AGAGAGAGACCCCUUUGACUACCCUACAGACAGACAGUCAUUCAAAGCACAUUUAAAGUGCUUGAUUUAUGCUUUCUCGUGAAGGCUGUGACUGUGAGGUUUCCAUUGAUUUUGGGAUCGUUUUCUUCCCCCCUCCUUUCCUUUCCUUUGGGUUGUUUUUGGUCGUCCACCGUCAGUGAAUGAAGCGUUAGUUUGAGCUGAAAAUCGAAGGUUACAUGUUCUGUUCAGCUACAUUUGCUUAUGUUCGAAAAGGGUUUCAGUCUUUCAGAUCUGAAGGUUUUUGGGAGCUUUUCGAAUUCGAACUGGGUCAUUGCUCGCUGACUGCCAUCUGGCUAACUCAUAAGUUUGCGCUAUCCUGCAUACUGUGUUUUGCCCCAUUUGAGCCAAGAUGAUGCAGAGGCCUCCCCCUGAAGACUUCUCUCUGAGGGAGACCAACCCCCAUCUCGGUGGUGGGAAGGUCUCCGGUGACAAGCUCACAAGCACCUAUGACCUCGUGGAGCAAAUGCAGUACCUCUAUGUCCGUGUUGUUAAGGCCAAGGACUUGCCUGCGAAAGACGUCACCGGGAGCUGCGAUCCUUAUGUUGAAGUCAGGCUCGGGAGCUACAAAGGCCCAACCCGGCACUUUGAGAAGAAAACGAAUCCCAAGUGGAAUCAGGUUUUUGCUUUCUCAAAGGAUCGGCUUCAGGCCUCGAUGCUGGAGAUCACCGUCAAGGAUAAGGAUUUCGUGAAGGACGAUUUCAUGGGUCGAGUUCAGUUUGACUUGAACGAGGUCCCAAAGCGGGUUCCGCCGGAUAGUCCUCUAGCGCCGCAGUGGUACAGGUUGGAGGACAGGAAGGGGGAUAAGGUGAGGGGAGAGAUAAUGUUGGCUGUUUGGAUGGGCACUCAAGCCGAUGAAGCGUUCCCAGAAGCGUGGCAUUCUGAUGCAGCUACGGUUAGCGGAAUUGAUGCUCUUGCAAAUAUCCGUUCAAAGGUAUGUCUUUCCCCUAAGCUUUGGUAUUUGAGAGUUAAUGUUAUCGAAGCUCAGGAUCUCCAGCCUAGUGACAAGGGUCGAUACCCGGCGGUUUAUGUCAAGGCUAUUCUUGGAAAUCAGGCUUUGAGAACUAGAAUUUCUCAGAGCAGGAGUAUUAACCCGAUGUGGAAUGAGAAUUUGAUGUUUGUUGCGGCUGAGCCGUUCGAGGAACACCUGAUUUUGAGUGUGGAAGAUCGAGUUGCUCCCAACAAGGAUGAGGUGUUGGGACGCUGUGCAAUCCCGCUGCAGUAUGUAGACCGGAGAUUGGAUCACAAACCUGUGAACACGAGGUGGUACAAUCUCGAGAAGCAUGUCAUUAUAGAGGGAGAGCAGAAAAAGAAAGACUCAAAGUUCGCAAGCAGGAUUCACAUGAGGAUAUGCUUGGAGGGUGGCUAUCAUGUUUUGGAUGAGUCGGGCUCUAGUCAGGUGGGCCGGGUCUACUGA